AUGGCUGAAAUAAACAAGUGUUAUGAUGAUAGCGAAGGUGAUCUAGAAAUGGAUGCAACUGUUAAGAAUAAGAGAGACUUACCGAAGGCUUACGGAUAUGAAGAUGCCUUAAACUUAACUGGUCAUGGCAGAUAUAACCUGGGUCUACUGGCAGCUUGCUUCAUGUUGAUUACCGCGAUGGGCAUCGACAUCUUCGGUCUGGGUAUCAUUGUGACCGCGGCCACCUGCGACCUGUCGCUUACUCUGCAGCAGAUCGGGGUGCUCUCCUCCAUGCCCUUCGCUGGUAUCAUAGUAAUGUCGUACCCCUGGGGUUACCUGUCGGACACACGCGGACGUAAGCUGGUCCUCAUGUGGGCAAUGUGCGGCAGUUUCCUGAGCGCUGUGCUCAGCAGCUUCGCACCAACAUGGCAGGUGCUGGCUGCGCUGCGGUUCAUAGGAUCCGCUCUUUCCAGCGCGGCAGAGUCGGCCACGUAUGCGCUGCUGGGUGAGUGCUGCGGUGCUAAGGUGCGUGCGCGCUACAUGCUGCUGAUGACCAGCGCGCUCAUGCUCACACCUACGCUCUACUACAUUUGGGGGUAUUUAAUAAUGAAGCUGAACUUCUCUAUACCUUUCCUUGGUAUAGUUUAUCGACCUUGGCGUCUCUUGACUCUGGUGAUGGCUCUGCCACUUGGAUUGGGAGCUCUGAUGCUGCAUUUCUAUUGCGAAAGUCCCAAAUUUUUAACCAAUGUGGGCAGAAAAGAGGAGGCACUGGUGAACUUGAAUAAAAUGUAUGUGAAGAACGGAGGAGUGGAGGGACAGUACCCUGUAAAUGAUGUUUAUUUAGAAGAAGGUAAUAAAGAGGAUGUCGGUGUGUUCUCGCUGCGUUCCCUGUGGACACAAAUAGCGCCACUGUUCAAGCCCCCCCUAUUGUGGAGGACUCUUCUACUAUACUACUUAACCUUUGUUACUUACAUCGCGAAUAACAGUUUCGCCAUAAUCUUACCGACAAUAUUUAACGUGUUCUUCACAUCAUAUGCUACCAGCGCCGCUGACGCUGGAUUCUGUGAUCUCUUCAUGGACGCCAACACUAACAGUGCUGCAUCUAACCAGACGGUAUCGGUGUCUACUGAGUGUCGGAACACCAUCAACGACAACACCAUAUGGGCGGGCUGCGCUCAUGGAUUCUCCUUCUUCCUGCUAAAUGCCCUCAUUUCACAAUGCGCUGGCAAGAGAAAGGUUCUGACGAUAGUGAUCCUGGUGGUGGCGGCGAGCGCGGCCGUCGGCAUCGACAACACCGGUGAACCUAUCUCCGGGCUGGUGCUGUUCUACAUAUACCUCACUACGGCCAUGGUGUUCGGUGUCAUAUCCUCAUACUUCGUGGACUUGUUCCCCACGUCUUACAGAGGCAUGGUGGCGUGCAUAGGCAUGAUGGUGGCCAGACUGAGCGCGUUUGCUGGCACCAACGUAGUGGGUGCUCUGAUCACCACGCACUGCUCCUCGGCGCUCUACGGCGCCGCUGCUCUCGUCCUCAGUGGUGCCAUUGCAGCAGCCAUGCUACCGACAGGGGAUCUUUGAACCUGAUACUAUAAUAGACUAAAAAUCCCCCUUUUAAUAAUUAACAAUUCUACUUUAACAAGAAUUUUAUUUUUUAAUUACAUAAUUUAUUAAUUAUUUUAUAAUAUUCAAGUAAUUCAAAAUUAAAUUAAUUUAUUUUUAAUGAAAAUAAAGCAUUGUUCGAAGUUGACGUUGAAAUAUUAAAUUAAACUGUCCCCACAUGGUUUUAUAAUAAGUCGUUAUGGUUUCAUAUUUUAUAUGUUAGGAGCUAAAGAAGAUAUUUUUUUAUUUAUAUUAAAACACUCUUUUUAGAUUAUAAAAUGUUACCAAUCUCCUGAUAACCCAAUUAGAAAAAAGAUAGUAAAAACAAUCACUCUUACAUCUUAAGAUCCAAACACAUUUGUAUAAUAGAUCUCCUGAUUUUUUAGCAUUCGACCCUUUUAGCUCUAUAAACAAGUUUAUUAAACGUGGACUCAUUAUGCAUUUACUCGAUAAUUGUAUAUAAAUACUAUAUCUCUUGAUCGCCUUCAGUUAACAGUAAGUCUUAUGAAAGUUUCUUAAAAGUCAUUGAAUUGCUAAUUU